AGUCGCCGCCUCCUGCAAGUGCCAGAGCCCGGCGGGCGGCGCGGAGGCUGCGGUGGCAGUGGCCGCGGAGCCGGCCCUGCGGGGCCCCGGGGGGGAGGGGGAGCCGCGAAGCCCCCGCCGAGGCCGCAACCGCAGGGCCUCCCCCCCCCCCGGGAGGGCGCCAUGCGGGGGGGCCCGAGCGAUGCGGAGCGGCGGCAGCGCUGGGGUCGCCUCUUCGAGGAGCUGGAUAGUAACAAGGAUGGCCGCGUGGACGUGCGCGAGUUGCGCCGGGGACUGGCCCGGCUGGGCGGGGGCGACCCGGACCGCGACACCCAACAGGGCAUCUCCCCCGAGGGUGACACUGACCCAGGUGGUGGGCUGGACCUGGAGGAGUUUUCCCGCUACCUACAGGAUCGGGAACAGCGUCUGCUGCUUCUCUUCCACAGUCUGGACCGGAAUCAGGAUGGUCAUAUUGAUGUAUCUGAGAUCCAGCAGAGUUUCCAGGCCCUAGGCAUUUCCAUCUCGCUGGAGCAAGCCGAGAAAAUUCUGCACAGCAUGGACCGUGACGGCACGAUGACCAUCGACUGGCAGGAAUGGCGCGACCACUUCCUGUUGCAUUCGCUGGAGAAUGUGGAGGAUGUGGUCUAUUUCUGGAAGCAUUCUACGGUCUUGGACAUUGGUGAGUGCCUGACUGUCCCUGAUGAGUUUUCAGAGCAGGAGAAGCUGACUGGCAUGUGGUGGAAGCAGCUGGUGGCGGGUGCGGUGGCAGGGGCUGUGUCGCGGACAGGCACGGCCCCUCUGGAUCGCCUCAAGGUCUUCAUGCAGGUCCACGCCUCCAAGACCAACAAGUUAAACAUCCUGGGAGGCCUCAAAAGCAUGAUCCAAGAGGGGGGCAUGCGUUCCCUGUGGCGUGGCAAUGGGAUUAAUGUGCUCAAGAUUGCACCUGAGUCAGCGAUCAAGUUUAUGGCCUAUGAGCAGAUCAAGCGGGCCAUUCGGGGGCAGCAGGAGACACUGCACGUGCAGGAGCGCUUUGUGGCUGGCUCCCUGGCUGGCGCCACGGCCCAAACCAUCAUUUACCCCUUGGAGGUGCUGAAGACGCGGCUGACUUUGCGCCGGACGGGCCAGUACAAGGGGCUGCUGGACUGUGCGAGGCAGAUCCUGGAGCGGGAGGGGCCCCGCGCCCUGUACCGCGGCUACCUGCCCAACGUGCUCGGCAUCAUCCCCUACGCUGGCAUCGACCUGGCCGUCUAUGAGACCCUGAAGAACCGGUGGCUCCAGCAGUAUAGCCACGACUCGGCCGACCCAGGCAUCCUCGUGCUCCUGGCCUGUGGCACCAUCUCCAGCACCUGUGGCCAGAUAGCCAGCUACCCCCUGGCCCUGGUCCGGACCCGCAUGCAGGCCCAAGCCUCCACCGAGGGUGCCCCCCAGCUCUCCAUGCUGGGUCUGCUCCGUCACAUCCUGUCCCAGGAGGGCGUGUGGGGCCUCUACCGGGGCAUUGCCCCCAACUUCAUGAAGGUUAUCCCGGCUGUGAGCAUCUCCUAUGUGGUCUACGAGAACAUGAAGCAGGCCCUGGGGGUCACGUCCAGCCCUGGAUCUCCAAGCUCGGCCACUGGAUUCUGGAUAUCAAGAAGCCUCAGCCUCCGGAUCCUGACAAUGCAAUGCCUAGAUCCUGGGGCCCCCGCCACUGGAUCCCAGAUCCCCUCACCCCAACUACUGGAUUCCUGAAUUCCUUUACCUUGACACUGAGUCCCGGAUCCCUCUGCUUGACUACUGGAUUCCCUACAUUUCAACCAUUACACCCUCAACCCCCAACCACCGGAUCUCGGAUUCCCAAGCCCUGACCGGCUGGAUCCUGGCUCCUAAAUCCACAAUGCGAGCCCAACGGCUGAGCGAGUGGGUCCUGGUGACUGCGGCUGUUGGACCCCCAAACCCCUUCACCACAGGCACUGGAUGCUGAAACCUCACCCAUAGGAGGUAGACCCCCCCACACCCUUCCAAGCACUGGAUCCCAGCCCCUUAACCCCUGGAUUCUGACCGGAAUCCUCCCAGGCACUGGAUCCUGAAUGCUCAGACUCCAAGUCUGGAUAGAUCCCAAUAAGCCAAUGACUGCUUCCUGGAUCCCCCGUGCCCCUGUCCCAGACACACCCCAGAGCCCCGGGUCCCAUGCCACAAAACCCAGGGUCUAAGGGGCCUGUUGGAGCCUAGGUCCUGGCCUCCUGCUUCCAGAAGACCCAUGGGACUUGUCCAAAGUCCUGACAUGACUAGAAGCCAGCAGCCAGGGAAGGAGAUGCCCCCUCCCAUGCCCUAGGCAGAGGCUGGACAUGCCUGCCACCCACCCAGCAUGGCUGUACCUCCGGUCCCUGUUGCAAAACUGCCCCCCACCCCUGACAAUGCACUGCGGUGUCUUCCAUUCCCUUCCCACCUUUAGGCUGAUGAUAACCUCCCAUUGCUCUCUCUUGGGGGCUGUCAAGGGGACAAUCUGAGGCCAGGGACACAUUAUGGGGACUCCCCCAAACACAUCGCAGCACUGCCAGCCUCUACCCAGGCUUCAGGGUUGGGAGCCGGGAGCAAGUCUACAUAGACUAGCCUUCCAGGGAGCCAAGCAUCCAGUUAUGCAAAACAAGCCAAAUCCCCCAAACUCACUCCAGGUCUAUUUUUCUACCAGAGAGGAGCAGACAUUCCUCCCCCUCAGAUAACUCAAGCCCCCCGCACCGCCCCCCCCCAGGACCCUGUACAUUCUGCACUUUAUAGUUGGGUUUUGAGCGUAGCAUAAUUGGGGGACCCCUCCUUUCCCUCCUCCCAAGUCCUUGGGGAACCCCAGGAAAGGACUACAAAAGAGCAACGGGGUUGUUUGGGGAGGCUGGAGGACCCCCCCUUAUGGCUUCCACCCACCCCACCCCCACCUACACCAUGUCCCACCUCCUUGCCUGUGUGUGUUAUUUCAAAGGAAAAGAACAAAAGGAAUACACUUUCUAAGCUCUUU